AUGUCAACUACACCUACUCCAGUCACUCUAGUCGGAGCAACGGGUCUCACCGGUUCCGCAUCCCUUCGAUCCCUUUUGCUUUCUUCACAUCCAUUCAACCUUACAGUCCUCACUCGAAGACCAUUAUCCGAAUCGAUCACUCCCUCCUCCUCCAACCCCUCCACUAUUCUUGCAACCAAGAUCCACGAAGAUCUUUCCUCAGUACCGAAAGAUGCGGGAUUGAAGAUUGCCGAAAAGGGUGGUGUAUACAUUUCUGCCCUGGGAACAACAAGGGCUAAAGCUGGAGGAACGGCAGAGCAGGAAAAGAUUGAUCUGGUGUUGAAUAGGGAUUUGGCCAAGAAGGCGAAAGAGGAUGGAGCUGAAACUAUGAUCCUCGUUUCUACCGGUGGCGCCAAUCAUACAUCCCGUUUCUUCUAUAUGCGAAUCAAAGGUCAAUUGGAAGAAGAUGUCAAAUCGAUGGGAUUCAAGAAUGUUAUCAUCCUCAGACCUGGUGCAUUACUUGGAGAAAGAACCGAAUCUCGAUCUGGAGAAUGGUUCGUCCAAACUCCUUUUAGACUCCUUCGUAAAGUUGGAUUGAGCUUUAACUUAUCUACUCAAGCUGAAGACGUCGGAGCAUGUAUUGCGGAACUUGCUGCGAACACUCCUGAAGAAAAAGUCUUGACGCUUUACGAUGAUAAGAUCAGUUAUUACGCUAAGAAGUAUAGGGAAUCAAACCCUUCUUCGUCGACCUAA